AUGGCUUGCCCAGGAUGUAGUGCUCAGGCUGGUAUGGGUGGUAAUAAAGGAGGUGCAGGUGACGGUUGUUCUUUACUUAUGUCUGCCUAUAUACUUGCAGGUCUUGCUAUGAUGCUUAAUAUUCGUCUAUGUUACAGUUCUGCUCCAUAUGCACUCAUUAGAUUUCAACUUCCUGAGAAUCUAUUCAGUGUAUUUGUUAGAAGAAUGGCAAGUUCAUUGGAACUUUGGUGUCUACCAGGUUUCAUCAUUGCGGACAUAAUGGACCUAGGCCUUAAAUUCAUCUACCUAGGCAAAGGGUACACGAAAGACACCGACAACGGAGAAAAUCUCAAAACCACCAUCACCAGCGACUUCAAACCUCCUAGACAGGAAAAAUUCGGUACUAUCAUAGUUCCUUCCAUCAUAUGUCAAUGGUUAAACUUUCUUACUUAUGUUAUUUUAUUUUUUGUAUAUCGUGGUGGUGGUGAGGAAGGCCAUCUUACUCGUUUCUACUGGAUUAUUGCAAUUUCUGGAGUUGUGUUUGGUAUUAGUAAUCCAUUGGUAUUUGCAGCAGAUUAUAAUUAUACAGCCGUCUAUAUUGCUGGUGAGAACUGUUUUCCAGCUCUAACCUCAUUCAUACACUAUUUGGCGACUCUGAUGUUUGGUAAUCGAAGGAAAUGGAACAGUGACUAUCUAAUUGUCUACAUUGAUAUUGUAGUAGCAAUCAUAAUAUCAUUCGCGGCAGCUGUGGUCUGGACCGUAGGAUACGGAUACUAUAAAGAUGGUCCUAGUAAUAUUGGAACUGGUGAUCUGAAGCACAUCUUUACAUACAAAUUCGAUGAUACAAUUAAAGCUCAUAUGGCCGCUCCAUUGCUAAUUGUCCUAGUAGGUAUGGGACUAGUCUAUGCCAUUUAUCCGGGUAUUGCACCUGGUAUGAUUGUACCAUUCUAUCUAGUUGAUAAGAUUGAAAUGGUUCUUCUAAUAGCCACAAUAGUUCCAGCAGUUAGUGUAGCUAUGGUAAACAAAUUCAAAUACGAAUAUUCUCCUAAAUACUGGGGGGGUUGGGGAGCACUUCCCGGAUAUCACGUCUUUGAUCUAGUGGUUCCUAUUAUGAUAAUCCUAGCUGCCAUAUUCAUAUAUUCACUUCACUAUAGAGAAUCCAACUUAUCUCAUGCUAUUGUAAAUCAACCUAAGAUGUCCACCACCCUAACGAUCAUAUUUUAUAUGUGUAGUGAGAUCUCAUUAGCUGUGGGAUUUGCUGGUAUGGUAGGUAAUGCACCUGAAUAUACAGUCAUAGCUCAAAUGGUGGGUGCAUUCCUUAUGGUCUUCCUAGCACUUUACAGUGAAGGCUACAUUAUUGAAUAUAAAAGUCACGAUCAGGCUCAUUGGCAAACAGAGAGAAUGUGCUAUUUAUAUGGAUACUACCAAUUGAACCCUGAUUUUUUAUUAUGA